AUGCACAAUUUCGCAUUUACAAGUUCGAGGGCAGCUGACCAGCCCCAACUGUUCGUCGCCAACUGUGGGCCCGCCGUCGGUCUCUCCCACGACGCCUUCGCCGCCUUCGGUCAAGUCAAUUCCGUCCACCCCGCCGACGACACCGGCACUCGUGUCGUUGUCUCCUUCGCCGACCAGGGCCGCCCUUGCGCUGAGCUCAAUGGUCGUACACUUGACAUUCGCUACUCGGUUCUUCAACCCAACUCGCCGGGACGAGUGGAUGACAAUGUGGAAGUGUGUUUGGUGGAUUCGGAGGUGAAUAUUCCGGGGAUCUACUUAUUUCAUGAUUUUGUCACCGCGCAAGAGGAGGAGUUGCUUGCAGUUUCACUGAGUUGUAUGUAUGAAAGGCCGUGGAAAAAUCUUGCAAAGAGAAGGGUUCAGCAUUAUGGUUUUGAGUUUUGUUACGAGAUUUUUUGGCAGACACGGAAUGUUGAUUCCAAGAAGAAUUUAGGUGAGUUUCCAGCAUUUGUUUCUCCUAUAUUGGAGAGAAUAUCUAUUCUCCCAAAGCGUGAGGAUGUUGAAACUAUAGCUUUGGACCAAUUAACGGUUAAUGAGUAUCCACCCGGGGUGGGCUUUAUAGACACCCAUUCUGUCUUUGACGGAUUAAUUUUCAGCCUUUCGUUAGCAAGGCCUUGCAUCAUGGAGUUCAGAAGAUAUUUUGAAGAUGGUUGGCCUCCUAGAAUGUCCUCAAGUAUUAGUAUUGAAAGAAAUUCUGAAAACAAUACAAAUUUCUUAAGGAAGGCUAUAUAUCUUCUCCCUCGGUCUUUGUUACUUUUAUCCGGAGAGGCACGCUAUGCUUGGCAUCACUACAUUCCACAUCACAAGAUUGACAAGAUGAAAGAUAGUGUGAUCAGAAGCUCAUGGAGGGUGUCUUUCACAAUUCGUAAGGUCAGAACAACUCCUUGCCGAUGUGAAUUUCAACAAUACUGUGACUCUCAGGGAUAAAUAAAAAAUAGGGUAUGUUUCUUGCAUUUGAAGAUGUUGAUUGAAGUACUGGGUUCUUUUAAUCACGUUGUCAUCAUUGAAGAUGGUUGAUGUGGAGAUAUUUUAUUAGGUUCAUUUGAUUCUUUCAUCUUGUAACGCAUAACCUAGCCGGUGAGUUUAGAGUUGGUUGCUCAGAGCUUGUAGGGACUAGGGAGGAUUUUAAUCACUGAAAAGUCGUUUACCCAACUUUUUGGAAUAAGUUCGGGGGUGUGUGAAAUGGCAGUCCAUGUUGCAAAGAUACUUGCUGGUCAUCCCGGUCGAAUUGUGGUCAUAAAUUAGGUAGCUGGCCGGAAAUUUUCUGACUGGAGGAUUUGGUGUGGUAGGUCAUGCUGCGACACCUAACAUUCACAAUGUUUCAUUCAGAUCUUAUGUCAUGCGACUAGCAAUGGCUUCGUCCCAUUUCAUGCCAACCAAGUUUUGAACACUAUUGGAUUGAAUCAGAUGUCAUCUUUACCAAAUGUAUUGGCAACACAAAGUAAUGAGGUUAUCAUCAUCUCCGGGUGUUGAUUGAAUCAUCAAAUCAGUAGGCCAAGUGUGGCGUAACCCUGGUAAUAUACAUAUUCCCCAUUUCCACUCAAUCAUUGUCAUUACACUUUUUUAGUGUAUCGUCCUGAUCUUUUACUUCAAUAAAAUGUUUACUUGUACAUUGUCAACUGACC